AUGCAAAUACUAGUCUCCGACAGCUCCCUGCGCGGUAUCAUCGACCGGUAUCGCCCGGAUCUCAAGAGCUACGAAGAUGUCUAUCGGCAUCUGCAUAGCUGCCCGGAGCUAUCUGGUCUGGAAGAGGAGACGUCGGCCAUAGCAGCUGAUCAUCUGAAGAAGUUGGAUUUUGAAGUCCACACACAUAUCGGUGGCUAUGGCGUGGCAGGCGUCCUCCGCAAUGGUCCCGGGACAGUCACCCUGGUUCGUGCCGACAUGGACGCUCUACCGGUGGAAGAAAAGACCGGACUUCCCUACGCGAGCAAAAGACACAUGAAGAACAAGGCGGGCGAGACGACGCCGGUCAUGCACGCCUGUGGGCACGAUACCCACGUCGUGGGCAUGAUGGCUGCCGCUUCUCUGCUGCACGCGGCCAAGGCCGACUGGUCUGGCACCCUCAUCAUCAUCUUUCAACCGGCGGAGGAACACCUGAACGGCGCGCGGGCCAUGUUGGCCGAUGGCCUGUACGAGAAGAUCCCGAAACCCGACGUGGUUCUGGCGCAGCAUGUCAUGCGCAUGAAAACAGGCACGGUGAGCAUCCGGUCUGGCCGGCUACUGACGGCUGCCGACUCCAUCAACAUACGCAUCUUCGGUCGUGGUGGCCACGGAUCCGCCCCCCAGACGUGCAUCGACCCGAUCGUCAUCGGGGCGGCGGUCAUCACGCGGCUGCAGAGUGUUGUCAGCCGCGAGGUGACCCCCGGGGAGGUGGCCGUUGUUUCCUGCGGAAGCUUCCAGUCCGGGUCCGUGGGGAACAUCAUUCCAGACACAUGUGACCUCAAGUUGAGCGUGCGGACCUAUGGCGGAGCGACGCGCGAGCGAGUCAUCGCCGCCAUCAAACGCAUUGUCCGGGCAGAAUGCGACGCAGCGGGUGCCGUGGAGGAGCCACAGAUCAAGGUCCGGAAUUCGCCCGCGACAAUCAAUGACGAUGCAACAGUCAAAGCUCUCAAGCAUACUUUUGGGUCUUUCUUCCAGGACGACCUGGUGGAGUCGGAGCCGGCCACGGCGAGCGAAGAUUUCUCUCUGCUGGCGACGGAGGUGGGGGCGCCGUAUGCGAUGUGGACUUAUGGCGGAGUCGACGCGCAAACAUGGGACGACGCCGUGAAGCACGGUAAAGUGAACGAGCUGCCUAAUAACCAUUCGCCCUUCUUUGCGCCAGUCAUUGAGCCGACGUUGCGGACUGCCGUGGACGCCAUGGCCGUCGGAGCACUCACUUUCUUGAAGAAGCAUUAG